AUGUGCAAGUAUAAAGUUCACGCCAACCAACCUGAAAAGCAGACGAACGCAUUCAUUCUUUGGACAGAGCUCUUUAAUAAACUUCCGCUGCUAGCAACAAUCUCAAACCUCAUUCAUAAAUUAGCAACAUCAGAUCAAUUAUUGUUUAGUAAAGAAGAACACACUGCCCACAAUGAACUGUUAUCUAUGAGAGGUACUCCACAAGAUGCUAGUCGUUUGAUGCAAAAAUUCAAACUGUUUCUUCGUAAGAACAUCGUUCGCAAUGACCAGCUUAAAUUUCCAAGCAUCACUCUCACGUCAACGCUAAACACCACUCCCCACAUCAAUAAUAUCAUCAAGAAAGGCCUACAGACACUCUACGCCCGCAAAACAUUACGCUCCCAUGAACACAAGGACAUUAAACUAUUCAUCGUGUCCUUCAUAAUCUUCGGCGAAAAAUAUGCUGCAAAGUUAUUUACCACCAUUAAAUCCACCUGCCACCCGAAUCUUCAACACGUAAGACAUCCGUCUAUUAACAAAAUAAACUCCAAUUGCCAUCAUGUCAUACACCCUCUACAACCACCGAUCAAAAUCACUCCGCACAACCUUCGCCAGUGA